CCUGAAAAGUAUAUAAGAGGAUGCGUUUGAUUCGCAUGUCCAUCAAACAGUUCUUACCAAUUGAUACGUUCAUAGUAAACUUUUAAUAGUUCGAAGCUAAAAAAAUGCUGAGUCGAAGUUUUUUCACACUGCUGCUCAUUAGCUUGAUGGUAUCCGAGUUCUUAAUCGGGGAUGUGAGCGGAGCACCACCCGGGAGGAACGUAAACGAAAAAGACAUAAACGGAGAGACAGCUCUGCAUAAGGCUGCUUCUGAUGGCAGAAUGAAGAAAGCUCAAAGACUCAUCGCUGAAGGAGCCGACCCUAAUAUUGGAAAUGAUUGUAAUGAGACAGCUCUGCAUUAUGCUGCUAAGAAAGGUCACAAGAGCGUCACUGAAGUUCUCAGCCGUAAAGCAAACGAUCUUAAUAUUAAAAAUGAUUUUAAUGAGACAUCUCUUCAUUUGGCAGCUAUGAAUGGUCACGGAGGUGUCGCUGAUGUGCUUCUCAAGAAUGGGGCUAACGCUGAUAUUGGAGAUGAUUUGAAUAGCACAGCUCUUCAUUUAGCUGCAUCCGGUGGUCACAAAAAUGUCGCCGAGGUUCUCCUCAACAAAGGCGCCAAUAUGGAUAUCAUGAAUCAUUUUAAUAAUACACCUCUUCAUUAUGCUGCUAUAAAUGGUCACAAGAAUGUUGCUGAACUUCUCAUCAAAAAAGGAGCCAAAGUUGAUAUUAGAAAUGAUGCGAAUCUAACACCUCGUCAGUUAGCUGUUAACAAUGAUCACAAUGAUGUCGCUAGACUUUUUAUCGGUAAAGGAAACCGAAUUAAUAUUGAAGAACUAUUGGAAUAGAUUCAAUAUGCUGCCAACAAUAGUAAUAUUAAUGUUGAAUAUUUUACUUUUCCGUACACUUUGUUAAGGGAAUUGAAAUGGAAAGAUUUGUUCAAUCUACGAUUAAAUUUUAAAUAAAACACC